CUGACCCCCACUAGUGGCUGCCAGGUUGGAGUUGGAGACCCCAAACCCACCCACACGAGCGGCAGGUUUCUCUAAAGUCUGAACCUGGACCCAAGACAAACAAAUCAUAAACACCCUCCUUCUUUUCUUUGUUAAUCAGGCAUUUUGUUGUUGUGUUGGAGCCACUGCCAGAGCAAGGCUGCUAGCAUAUAGAGCCGCCUUCUGAACUUGCAGCACUCCUCUACUCUCCGUUUGCGACCUCAAAUGGCUCAUGAGAUGGCUUGUUUCCUCGGCCCUGCUCCACCAGUGCCUGCUCUGUCUCCGUUCCAUGAGGGACAAGCAGAGAGCCAUGGCCAUGGCCAUGGCAGCAGCCGCAGUGGGCACUCGAGAGGCCACUGGCGGCCAGCCGAGGACGCCAAGCUCAAGGACCUCGUGGCGCAGUACGGCCCCCAGAACUGGAACCUCAUCGCCAACAAACUCCAUGGCAGAUCAGGUAAGAGCUGCCGGCUGCGGUGGUUCAACCAGCUGGACCCGCGGCUCAACCGCCGGCCGUUCUCGGAGGAGGAGGAGGAGCGGCUCCUGGCGGCGCACCGCGCCUACGGCAACAAGUGGGCGCUCAUCGCGCGCCUCUUCCCGGGCCGCACCGACAACGCCGUCAAGAACCACUGGCACGUCCUCAUGGCGCGCAAGCAGCGCGAGCACUUGUCCGGCUCCGGCGGCGGCGCGCCCCGACGACGCAAGCCUUCCUCCUCCUCCUCCGCGUCGUCCUCGUCCUCGUCAUCAGCCGUCGACGUCGUCGUCCGCCACCAGCAUGCGUCCUCCCCGCUGCCGUUCCGCGAGGCGGCCGCGGGGGCGGUCACCACCCGUGCCCGUGCGUACAGCGACGACGGCGAGUCCGACGAGUCCGUGUCCGUGUCCACCUCCGGCGCCACCGACCUCUCCCUCGGCUCCGUUUCCGGCACGACGUGCCUCCUCGGCUCCUUGCCGCUGCCGCACUGCGUGCUUGGCUCCUCCGUUCCCUCGCCGGCGCGCCACAGGGCAGCGGCCUCCGACGAUGGACGCGGAAAGCUCGCCCUGCCCUUCUUCGACUUCCUGGGCGUUGGCGCGACAUGAUCCAAAGUCACCGGCAGACGGCAGUGGUGUACAGGUGGAGGGAUCCCCAGUGGCCAGUGAUCACUGAUCAGGAUGAGCUAUGGAAGAAGCCAAGCUCACGUUCUCGAGGGGGAAAAAAAAGUCUUUUACCGCCGAAAGACCAGAGUACUACGUAGUAGUUACCUUUAUUUACGAUUUGAUUUGAAUUUUGGCAUAGGAUGCUGUAGCAAGUCCUCAGAAAUCCGCGCUGCUGCGUAGGUACUGAGGUGGACAAAGGAAUCAUCCACCUGAAAAUUCACUGCAGCUUGCUGGACAGUGGUUUAGACCAACUCCAGUGGACCUCCUUUCCCUAAAAGAAAUCUGCUCCCUCCAUUUGAAACUA